AUGGCAGCGACUCUUCAAGCGCCGGCAAAGCUGUCGCGCGAGGAGGUCAGGCGGCAGCGAGACUUGCAAGAAGCUCGAAAGCUAGGCAAUGCGCCCGCUGAAGUCGACGAGAAGGGCAAUGUCAUCAAUCCUCACAUCCCAGAGUUCAUGGCCAAGGCGCCUUGGUACAUGGACACCGGCGCCGGUCCCUCGCUUUCUCAUACCAAAGGACCCGAAUACGACCCAAGCCCGUCCAAGCUCAAUGCUCGCUACGAUAGAGGUCAACGGGCGGAAGUGGCAACGCGGUUCCGCAAAGGCGCCUGCAGCAACUGUGGAGCGAUGACGCACAAGCGAGAGGACUGUCUCGAACGACCGCGCAAGAAAGGUGCCAAGUAUACAGGUCAAGACUUCGCGCCGGACGAGUAUCUGCAAGAGCGGACAGAAUCUCGCGGCGUUGCUUACGACUCCAAACGUGACCGAUGGGAUGGCUACGAUCCGACGAUGCAUCUCUCUGUCGUGGCAGAGCACGAAGCCCUCGAAGAAGCGCGCAAGGCGCUCAGAGAGAAAGAGAUUGAUUCCAAGUCUGCCAAAACGGAUCUUAAUGAGGUCAAGAAGGUAGCCAAGGCGGGCAAGUCGAAGAAGAAGAAAGCGCUCGAGGAUGAAGAGUUUGGCUCAUCCGACGAGUCUGACGAAGAGGACGAACUCAAAUAUGCGGAUGCGGCCGAUGUGGCAGGCCAGAAGCUCGACACGAAGAACCGUGUCACCGUCCGCAAUCUGCGCAUACGAGAAGACACGGCAAAAUAUCUCAUCAACCUCGACACAGAGUCAGCCUAUUACGAUCCAAAGACACGCUCGAUGCGCGAGAAUCCCAGCGUAGGAGUCGCACCGGAAGAUGCUGUCUUUGCAGGCGAGAACUUCACGCGACACUCUGGCGGAGCGGCCGAGGUGCAACGGCUGCAGAUGUUCGCCUGGCAGUCCGAAGCAAGGGGACAAGAUGUCCACAUCAACGCCAAUCCUACGCAAGCAUCACUCGUCCACCAGCAAUUCAAGACCAAGAAGGACGAUCUCAAGGACCGCACCGCCAAGUCCAUGCUUGACAAGUACGGCGGCACAGAAUUUCUACAAAAGCCACCCAAGGAGCUUCUAUCCGGCCAGACUGAGGAGUACAUUGAAUAUUCGCGAACUGGUCAGGUCAUCAAGGGUGUCGAGCGGGCCAAAGCGAGAUCAAAGUACGACGAAGACGUCCAUCCUGGCAAUCACACUUCCGUUUGGGGCUCCUGGUUCUCACGAUCUGCUUUCACCUGGGGCUAUGCCUGCUGCCAUUCGACACUAAAGGCUUCCUAUUGUGCUGGUCAGGCAGGCAUCGAGGCAGAAAAGCAGGAGUCUGCUGGCCUCCUUCUCACAGGCACUGUGGCGCCUCAGCAGAAGACGAUGCUGCAACUCCAUCAGGAGAAGCGAGCGCGCCCAGAUGACGAGGCUGAUGACGGAGCCGGAAGCAAACGUCGAGCAGGCGAUAUGAAUAGCAGCAAACUCGACAAGGCUUUGCGGGCAGAGCAGGAGCGUCUCAAACGCACAGGAGAUGAGGCCUCUGGCGAUGCUUACAAUCGCAAUAUCGAGCCCGAAGAUAUGGAAGCGUAUCGACGACUGCGCUCGAAUGCAGAGGAUCCGAUGGCGAACUUAGCCAACGAUCAAUUACUGCCGAUGUGA